UGUCAUUGUGCAAAUAAAUUUCACGUGAGCUGCACCCUGGCGGAAUGACUAUCCAAGAAAAUGCAGGACAUACACGUACACAGUGCUGCCUGGGCUGGUAACUUGAGUGCUUUAAAAGAUGCCAUCAAGAGGGGAGAGGAUGUCAACAGUGUGGAUAGGGAUGGGUGGACUCCACUCAUGUUGGCUGCCAUGGGAGGUCACACUGACUGUGCUGGAGAGCUGCUCUCCUCAGGAGCCGUGGUGGACCUGGCUAACAAGGAUGGGUGGACUCCACUCAUGGCGGCAGCCAGCUGUGGUCACACUGACUGUGCUAGAAAGCUGCUCUCCUCAGGAGCCGUGGUAGACCUGGCUGACAAGGAUGGGGACACUUCACUCAUAAGGGCAGCCAUGGGAGGUUACACAGACUGUGUUAAAGAGCUGCUCUCCUCAGGAGCUGUGGUGGACCUGGCUAACAAGGAUGGGUGGACUCCACUCAUGUUCGCUGCCAUGGGAGGUCACACUGACUGUGCUGGAGAGCUGCUCUCCUCAGGAGCCGUGGUGGACCUGGCUAACAAGGGUGUGAGUACUCCACUCUAUUGGGCAGCCAGAGGAGGUCACACUGACUGUGUUAAAAAGCUGCUCUCCUCAGGAGCCGUGGUGGACCUGGCUAACAAGGAUGGGUGGACUCCACUCAUGUUGGCUGCCAUGGGAGGCCACACUGACUGUGCUGGAGAGCUGCUCUCCUCAGGAGCCGUGGUGGACCUGGCUAACAAGGAUGGGGAGACUCCACUCAUGGCGACAGCCAGCUGUGGUCACACUGACUGUGCUAGAAAGCUGCUCUCCUCAGGAGCCGUGGUAGACCUGGCUGACAAGGAUGGGGACACUUCACUCAUAGGGGCAGCCAUGGAAGGUCACACCGACUGUGCUAGAGAGCUGCUCUCCUCAGGAGCCGUGGUGGACCUGGCUAACAAGGAUGGGUAUACUCCACUCUAUUGGGCAGCCAUGGGAGGUUACACCGACUGUGUAAGAGAGCUGCUCUCCUCAGGAGCCGUGGUGGACCUGGCUAACAAGGAUGGGUGUACUCCACUCUAUUGGGCAGCCUAUAAAGGGCACACUGACAGUGUUAGAGAGCUGCUCUCCUCAGGAGCCGUGGUGGACCUGGCUGACAAGGAUGGGAACACCCCACUCAUGGUAGCAGCCUACAUGGGACACGAAGAUACUGUGAAGGAGCUUCUAUCGUCAGGGGCUUCCCCUCUCUGCUCUAAUAAUUAUGGAUACACUGCUCUGAUGAACGCCAAGGAAUCACCUCACUCUAACCCUUCAGUAAUAAAGCUGCUUAAGGAAGCUGGUGAAUCUCAUUCACGUCCGCAGUCUGUUCCAGUCCUACCCAAGAACUGGACUGUCGUUACUGACACAGAAACGAAGAAGCCAGUCUACCAGAACAAGGCAGCAGGGGAAACCCUCUACACACCACCUGGAUAUCCCCUGCACCAAACCUCCGCACACCCUGAUGUCACUUUUUUUGGCGAGCCUCAAGAGAAGGAGUUCACCUCCAGUGGUGGCCUUGCUGACUUUGACAAUGGAGUUCAAGUGACUGUUCCAGCUAAUGCUGUCCCAGCAGGGACCUCUGUGAGCAUUAAAGUCCAACCCAGCCUUGCACCCAAGGAUGUGUUUGUGAUGCCUGAGGGCAUUCGAUCAGCCAGUCCGUCCUACUUGAUCUCUGGUGAAGGUCUAAACGGAGAGGUGACCCUGAGCAUGGAGCAUCAUGUACGAGUGUCCACCCAACAAGAAGCUGAUGACCUCCUCUUUCUCCAAGCUGACUCGUCUCCGAAGAAAUCUGGAUCAAUAAAUGUGUACAAGUACCAGGAGGUACAAGAGGGAGGGUCGAAGGCAGAGUUUACUCCUGGAGGGAACACUGGGAGACUGACCAGACGUUUGUCAAAGAAGAAAUUCGUUAAAGUUGGUUUUCGAAAUAGAAUAAAGGAACGUUCUGGUUUUGGAACUCGAAGAAAGAAAUGGUUUAGAGGUUCAUCCCAACUUGCUGCCAGCCAGUCUGAUGACCCCCCAGAGCCUGAGAGUCCACCUAACCUCUACACUGUCAGAGUCUACCGGUCUCCUCCACACACAACUGAGGACAGGCUAGCCAUCAUUGUAGCCAGUCUCUGUGGGAGCUUAUACUCUAAGUUUCUAGAGACACUUGAUAAAGUGAUAAUCCCACGAGACUAUCCCAAUGUGUCGAGAGAAGUGGCUGACAGGACGACUCAAGAAUCACUGACGUUUGUUGAUAUGUGUGCCACUCUCAACAUUCACCCAGUGCAGGGAUGGUCUGUGGAACCAGACAAGAAAUUGAUAUCACAUAGUGAAGUGGAUAAGCCUGAGGUGGAGAAGUUCAGACCUGAGGAUAUCCACAACUACCCUCCCAGGAUAAUCUGCAGGCUCUUCCCUGAGGAGAAUGCUCCCAAGAGAACCACUUUUACCAUCUCCUUGUUUGGACUCCUGCCACCGGUCGAAUUUUACAUACCAUUGACAGCACUCACCCCCAAAGUUGCUGUGGAUACUACUAAACUACAGGAGGCCACUGAUGAGUUGAGAAGGUCUGCCCUGGCAGUGAGUGACACACAACUUGGCUUUACUGUGAAGAGUGUAGUGUCUCUGAUGGAGAGAAUGACUGCUGCUCUGAGGGCAUCUUCUCUGAGUGAGGUGACAGACCACACUGACUCCAUACGGACAGAGAUAGCAUCUGUCCUUGUAGUGACCAGGAGGGUUGUCGAGGAGUGUACAGUACAGAGCAUCAGUGAGAACAUGGGAGCCAGUCUCUCUAAGAUGGAGACUUUAUCUCACCAGCUUUGUAUGGUGGCUAAGGUCAAACUGAGAAACUGUCAAGAAGACCAGUCAGAGGAGACAGCUGCUCUUGUUGACCUGGUGGAGAAUGGAGCUAAUCUGUUGAGAGCUGUGGACUGUCUACUCAGGGACAUCCACACACUCAGUGGAGUUAGUGGUAACGCUGGCUACAGUGUGCUGGUGAGCUGCAGUGAGAAGAUAGUCCAGUCACUCUCUGAGGACCCGAAGGCCUUGGCCCUCCACCUCCUGUCAGCUGAGCUCAUCACUGUGUCCAUUCUUGAGAAAACCAACGAGUAUGUGAAUGAGACCAAGAGAGAGAAGGCCACCAGACUGUACACUACCCUGCUGGGUGUGGUCAAACACCACCCCCACAAGUACCACAAGUUUGUCUCCACUCUCAGACUCGACCCACUACACACUGACUUGGUCACACUAUUAGAUAGCAAGUACACGUAGUUUGUCAGCUAACCCAAUUAAUAGUGAUGUAUGAUCGUGCAUAUAAUUAUAAUUUUCUUUAGAUUGCUUACUAUAAUUAUGUUAAUUAUUAUGCCUUUGAACAAAAUUUGUUUGUAAAAAAAUCCGUCAAUUGCACGUUAUUUUCCCAAAAUGUACAUAAUUAUACCUUUCAUC